AUGCUUGGUUCUCUCGUUGUUCUUGUUCUUGCAAGCAUCUCUGUUGCUUCUCCCACGCUUGAGAAGCGAGCCAUUACCUGUCUUCGCGUUGGACAAACAGCUACGGCCUCAUGGACUAACAGUGCUGGCAAGAGAUGUACCUUCACUGGUGUUGUUGGUAGCAACUAUGGCGCUAACCCUUCCGGAUCUGGAGAUUACUCUUGCAAUGGACGAUGUGGUGCUGGCUGCAGUGGAACCGCUUUAGGGAACGUUUACACCCAAGACUGCUUCUCUCACGAUAUCUGCUCUUACUUCAACAGUGCCGGCGGUGGCGCGAGUGACCCAAACUGUGGAGCGGCUUUCAACGCAGCGGUUGAUGAUACUGCGUUGGGCUUCGCGAACGGUUGCUCCCAGACAAAUCCAAAUAACGGAGUUGGGAAGCCCAGAAGUGCGCCAGUCUGUGUAUAA